UUAACAACCAUGUUCCUAAUUCCUUAUGACGCCGAAAGAUAGAAAACACAUUCAUCGCAUCACAUAGAUCAAUCAAAAAGCUUAAACAAAAUGCCGCCGCGUCGCUGCACGGUUUACGCCGAUAGCGAUUACGACGACGAUGACGAUGAUAACCUCACGUCGAGGAUUAUACGGUGUCUCUCUUGCGACGAGAAUUACGAGCCCGACGAUGCCGGUACCUGCAAAGAAUGCUACGAAGAAGCGAACGAAACCGAGGAGGAACUCAAACGUCAGAUCCAAGACCUCAAAUCCAAAGUCUCGUUCCUUACUCUCUCUUCGCCGCUUGAUUCUCCUUCCACGACUGAUCUCGUUCUUCUUCCGUCUGGUGAUGCUUUCUCUCCUUCCAUUCCUGCUCACAAGGCCGUUCUCGUUAGUCGCUCUCCAGUCUUCAGAGCCAUGCUUGAACACGAUAUGGAUGAAAGUCGGAGUGGCACCAUCAAGAUUGCUGACGUAUCAUACGACGCCCUUCGUGCUUUCGUUAACUACUUAUACACUGCUGAAGCAUUCCUUGACAACCAAAUGGCAUGUAACCUUUUAGUUUUAGCCGAAAAAUAUCAGGUGAAGCAUCUUAAAGCAUACUGUGAGAAAUAUUUGAUCUCCAAACUGAAUUGGGAGAAAGCUGUUGUAAACUUUGCCUUUGCUCAUCAACACAAUGCCAACCAAUUGCAAGAUGCAGCCUUGGCAGUGAUCAUGGAGAACAUGGACAACCUCACUAAAAAUGAAGAUUAUAUAGAAUUAGUGGAGAGUAAUCCACGUCUUGUUGUGGAAAUAUACGAAGCAUAUCUUGGCAAACAGGUUAAUACUGCAGCCACACACGCGCUAUAGGAACACGCGAUGUAGGAAAAUAGUGUAGUCAGCUUUAAGCUGGGUAGAAACUUAAGUUUGGAUUAUAUUGUUGAUUGAUGAUUACUGUGUAGAGUUCAAAACGCAUCUAGACUCGAUGCCUCUAUUACUACUGUCCAAAUACUACCUUACAGUGAGGGUCUUUGUGCAUAUUUCUCUAA